AGGACCACCCAAACGUACAUCCGGUAACGAUUUAAUAAUUUCUCUUAGAAUUAAUCCUUAUCUCCUUGCCGAGCGACCCAGACCCUCGCACCGCGGAUCGGACCUGGCUGACUUUGGGUGGCAAGCGCCGCCACUCAUCACGCUGCCGAGCGCCCGAGCCCCCUAGCUCGUCUUCCUCCGAGCGCCUCCACCGCAGGUUUGAGCGUUCAUUGGAUGCGUUUUGAUGGCAUCCGAUAUGAGACCACCUAACAGCAAAAAGGGUGGGGUACCUUCCCAUGCUCGUGUAUCUGACCAAGCUUGCCAUGACAAAUUUCAAAGCUGCGAUGGUGAUGGAAAACCAUCUCGUGCUGCAGUGAAUGGUGUUUCCGUGAAAGAAAACCAUGGAACGUGCAGUUCUAAUCCUGAUCAUGCUGGUGCUGUUUUGGUAGAUGGAGCCAAAGGUUCUAUAGCACAAUCGGGGCAUGUUGACAGUGCAGACUAUGAUUGUGCUGGUUGUCUUCAUGGAGAAAAUGGAAGUCCCAUGGCUUGCGAUUUACAGCAAGAGUCUGACAGAGACCAAGCUGGACAUACCCUUGAUGAUCUGUUUUUCUUUGACGAUGAAGAGGAGGAUGAUAUUGACUGGGAGCCUUCUGCUCGCAUAGUUGAGAACAGAUGGUUUUGCACGAACUGUACAAUGCCCAACAUGGAUGAGGUUACACAUUGCCAGAAUUGCAAUGAUCAUAAGGGAUCUGAGGUAUUAGCUGGAUAUGAUGUAUUCCAAGCUAGUUUUGCACAGGCAGCUUUGAUAUCUGCUGACACAGCAUUGCCACCAGGUUCUACAGCAAUUGGUUUUGAUGAACAGAUGUUGCUCCACAGUGAGGUAGAAAUUAAACCAAACCCACAUCCAGAAAGACCCAACCGCCUUCGUGCAAUCGCGGCUAGUCUUGCUGCUGCAGGAAUAUUUCCCUCAAAAUGUGCUUUGGUACCUCCUCGAGAAAUCACAAAGAAGGAACUCCUAAUGGUCCAUACUUCAGAUCAUGUUGAAAGUGUCGAGCAGACAAAGAACAUGCUUUACAGCUACUUCACUUCGGAUACUUACGCAAACAAAGAGUCAGCACGUGCCGCCAAACUUGCAGCAGGCUUGUGUGCUGAUCUUGCCAGUUUGAUAGUGUCUGGGCGUGUCAACAAUGGCUUUGCACUGGUGAGACCUCCUGGGCAUCAUGCAGGGGUGAAGCAAGCCAUGGGCUUCUGUCUUCACAACAAUGCAGCAGUGGCUGCGUUAGCAGCACAAAAAGCAGGUGCCAAGAAAGUCUUAAUAGUUGACUGGGAUGUGCACCAUGGCAAUGGCACACAAGAGAUAUUUGAAGGGAAUAAAUCAGUCUUGUAUAUAUCAUUACAUCGCCAUGAGGAUGGAAACUUCUACCCUGGAACUGGAGCAGCACAUGAGGUGGGAGUUCUGGAUGGUCAAGGUUUCUCGGUCAAUAUACCUUGGAGCUGUGGUGGUGUUGGAGAUGACGACUAUAUCUUUGCUUUUCAGCACGUGGUGCUUCCAAUAGCUGCAGAAUUUGCCCCAGACAUCACAAUUGUAUCUGCGGGAUUUGAUGCAGCAAGGGGUGAUCCUCUGGGUUGUUGUGAUGUUACUCCUGCUGGGUACUCUCAGAUGACAUCCAUGUUAACUACUUGCUCAGAAGGAAGAUUGUUGAUUAUACUCGAGGGAGGGUACAAUCUAAGGUCUAUAUCCUCAUCGGCUACUGAAGUUGUUAAGGUCCUACUUGGUGAUGGUCCAUGUUACGGUAAAGGAGCAGCUGCACCAUCAAAGGAGGGCAUGCAGACUGUUUUACAAGUCCUGGAGAUCCAGCAACAAUAUUGGCCAGUUUUGGUUCCAAUAUUAGCAUCACUUCAGGCACAGCAGGGGCUGGCUUUGUCCAAAUACGUUAACGGGGGAAGCAAGCUGAAGAGAAGGAUGCUUUCAGGAGGACCAAGGCCAGUCUGGUGGAAAUGGGGAAGCAAGAGGCUUCUCUACGAAGUACUGUUCGAGGGUCGUGGUCCAAGAAAGAUCAAACUGAGAGGAAACUGGAAAUCGACUGACGAAACAGAAUCCUAGGUUGUGAAGGGAUGCUAAGCGGCCUUGCUGGUCUUCUUGACAUGAAUAGUAUAGUUUGCAUAGUUUGCUGACUGGAGGUUCAUGAAGCAGAUUAGAUUUCACAUGCUGAGCCAGUUUUUGACUGAACAAUUCAAUCAUCGCCGUCGUUGAUUGAUUGUAGAUGAAAUUUCACAUGUUCUGUUGACAUGUGUUAGCGAAGUUUGACAGCAGUUCUGUUCUGUCGACAUGUAGCAGCUGUGCUAGCAAUGCAUCAAAAAUUUACUAUCCUCCGUUCAUUGUGUGAUCA